CACCGACCAGACUGCCUUCGGCCACAACCCAGAACCUUUACAAGCGGCGGGAGGAGCUGGAACUUCCUCCGCGUUUCUGUUCAGCAACUGUCUCCAGGGCUAGCCGGGCCGGCGCAGCCACCGAGCGCCCCGCCUUGCAGGGCGGGACCCGCGAGAACCUUCUCCCCGAGUCAGCGCGCGCCUCCGAGCUGAGUCAGCCGGGCGGUCCGGGACCGGGGCUCCAGGCCCGCCGAGAAGACGCGCGAAGGUUCCAGGUGGCGGGGGCGGGAGGAGGCGGGUCCCCGGGAACCGAAUAAAAAGCGCAUGGAAGGGGAGCCGAGCAGAUCCGAGCCGGGCUGGCUGGAAAGAAGCGAGAGAUCCUCUCUGCAGAGCGCCCCUCGACGGCGAGCAGCGCCGACGCCCGACACCCCGCGCGUUUGACUCGGUACCCGACCCGUUCCCGGAGCACGAGAAGACAGCCAUGUCCUCCCCGAGAGAAGUGGCGAUCGGCAUCGACCUGGGCACCACGUAUUCGUGCGUGGGCGUGUUCCAGCAGGGCCGAGUGGAGAUCCUAGCCAAUGACCAGGGCAACCGCACCACGCCCAGCUACGUGGCCUUCACCGACACCGAGCGGCUGGUGGGCGACUCGGCCAAGAGCCAGGCGGCCCUGAACCCGCACAACACGGUGUUCGACGCCAAGCGGUUGAUCGGGCGCAAGUUCGCGGACGCGACCGUGCAGUCGGACAUGAAGCACUGGCCCUUCCAGGUGGUGAGCGACGGCGGCAAGCCCAAGGUGCGCGUGUCCUACCGCGGGGAGGACAAGGCCUUCUACCCCGAGGAGAUCUCGUCCAUGGUGCUGAGCAAGAUGAAGGAGACCGCUGAGGCGUACCUGGGCCAGCCCGUCAAGCACGCUGUGAUCACGGUGCCCGCCUACUUCAACGACUCGCAGCGCCAGGCCACCAAGGACGCGGGUGCCAUCGCGGGGCUCAACGUGCUGAGGAUCAUCAACGAGCCCACGGCGGCCGCCAUCGCCUACGGGCUGGACCGGCGGGGCGCGGGAGAGCGCCACGUGCUCAUCUUUGACCUGGGUGGGGGCACCUUCGACGUGUCGGUCCUCACGAUCGACGCCGGUGUCUUUGAGGUGAAGGCCACCGCCGGAGACACCCACCUGGGUGGAGAGGACUUCGACAACCGGCUGGUGAGCCACUUCGUGGAGGAGUUCCGGAGGAAGCAGGGGAAGGACGUGAGCAGAAACAAGCGCGCCCUGCGCAGGCUGCGCACGGCCUGCGAGCGCGCCAAGCGCACCCUGUCCUCCAGCACCCAGGCCACGCUGGAGAUCGACUCGCUGUUCGAGGGGGUGGACUUCUACACGUCCAUCACUCGUGCUCGCUUUGAGGAGCUGUGCUCAGACCUCUUCCGCAGCACCCUGGAGCCGGUGGAGAAGGCUCUGCGGGAUGCCAAGCUGGACAAGGCCCAGAUCCACGAUGUGGUCCUGGUGGGCGGCUCCACCCGCAUCCCGAAGGUGCAGAAGCUGCUGCAGGACUUCUUCAACGGCAAGGAGCUGAACAAGAGCAUCAACCCCGACGAGGCAGUGGCCUACGGGGCGGCGGUGCAGGCUGCCGUGUUGAUGGGGGACAAGUGUGAGAAAGUGCAGGAUCUCCUGCUGCUAGACGUGGCUCCCCUGUCCCUGGGGCUGGAGACGGCAGGGGGCGUGAUGACCACGCUGAUCCAGAGGAACGCCACCAUCCCCACCAAGCAGACCCAGACCUUCACCACGUACUCUGACCACCAGCCUGGGGUCCUGAUCCAGGUGUAUGAGGGCGAGAGAGCCAUGACCCGCGACAACAACCUGCUUGGGCGCUUUGAGCUCAGUGGCAUCCCUCCUGCCCCGCGUGGAGUCCCCCAGAUCGAGGUGACCUUUGACAUUGAUGCCAACGGCAUCCUGAGCGUGACAGCCACCGACAGGAGCACAGGCAAGGCGAACAAGAUCACCAUCACCAAUGACAAGGGCCGGCUGAGCAAGGAGGAGGUGGAGAGGAUGGUUCGUGAGGCCGAGCAGUACAAGGCUGAGGACGAGGCCCAGAGGGACAGGGUGGCUGCCAAGAACUCCCUGGAGGCCCACGUCUUCCAUGUGAUGGGCUCUUUGCAAGAGGAAAGCCUUAGGGACAAAAUUCCCGAAGAGGACAAACGUACAGUGCAAGACAAGUGUCAGGAAGUCCUCGCCUGGCUAGAGCACAACCAGUUAGCAGAGAAGGAGGAGUAUGAGCAUCAGAAGAGGGAGCUGGAGCAGACAUGUCGACCCGUCUUCUCCAGACUCUACGGGGGGGCUGGUGUCCCUGGGGGCAGCAGCUGUGGGGCUCAAGCACGCCAGGGGGCCCCCAGUACAGGCCCCAUCAUUGAGGAGGUUGACUGAGUGGCCCCUCAUGAUACAUCAGUGCUGACUGUCAGAACUGGGCUGGGGGCCUUCUAGAAGGCCUCCCACGAUUGUGCCCUGUAACUUUAGGGGUGCCGGGGACUUCCCCCAAAGCUGGGUGCUUGUUUUUCAGUAUGUUUUCUAAGUCAGGUUUUUAUCAUUUACCUUUUCCCCUCCCCUUUGAAGCCUCUUUUCCCACCUCAAACAAGCAGAUAUCAUUAAUUUAUGGUUGACAUUUGUGUGGUAUUUUUACAUGACUUUCCCUGAUAUUGUGUGUAUUUCGUUCCUUGCAUAUAUGGAUUUUGUUAUGGGAAAUGUAGUUGUAGACCUCAAUAAACUUUUAAAACUCA